GCUUUCAGCCAUUGAGAAGAUUCUCACAGAAUUUUUAAAACAUGCCAAGGACAAAGAAAGAAAAGGCAAAAAUUAAAGGAGCUUCCUUGUCUAUUGUUCCUGUUCUUAAAAAGUUCCUGAAAACCUAUGAAAAGCAUUGUGUCCAGUCUCAGACUUCUGUGUGCCCAGCUAUCAAGAAGGCCUUGAAAACCAGCAUAGAAAACGAACAGAUUCUCAGGAAGUUGAUGCUUAUAAGCCCUGGCGUCUCCCCAACAGACUUCCCAGAAGUUUCUCUUGAACCUUUGCUUAAGACAAUUCGAGAUGAACGUUACAUGCUGGGAAGAGAACUUUGCAUCUGGGGGAUGAAGCUGAAAAAUUCAGAUGUUGCAAGCCUAGCCAUACUUCUAGAGCUUCAAGGACGUACCAUGUACCCAUUUUCUACUCUAGAAAUCAUUAACAGCCAAAUGGAUCUGUGGUCUUUGGAGAGACUGGGCAAGUCUUUCCUUUCCAGCAAUUUGCUCUCAAUUAUAUUGGAUUACAACAAGUUUAUAAAUGAAGGUGUUGACAUUCUUAUGGCUGGCCUGGAAAAAAACCAGAAGCUUAAGAUUCUCAGCCUCCGUUAUUGCAAUCUGGGACCAAGUAGUGGCUCAAAGCUGGGCUGGGCAGUUAGCCAAAGUUCCAUUUGUGAACUUUAUCUUAAUGGUAAUUACUUACAAUGUUCUGGGGCUUUGGCUCUCAUUAAACACAUAGCAGAAUUUGCAGAAACCCAGGGGAAAGACAGGAGAAAAAAGAUCUUGCGAUACCGAAGAAGCUCAUCUCAACAAGUGCUUCCAGGUAAAUUAGAAGUGAAGGAACACCUGGUCACUCUGAUACAAAUAUUCAGUCUUAUAAAAUAUUCUGACUACUUAAGAGAAAUAGAUCUUGGCAAUAAUGUUCUGGGAGAAAUUGCUGCUCGUGAUAUACUGGAAGCAUUAAAGGAGAGAAAAAAAGGUAAACUGUCAAACUUAGAAAUUAUAGUCACUCCACAGAUUUCUUCAGAUAUCUUCAGAUCCAUUUGGAAUAACAGUAAGAAAUUUGUUGCUGCCCAAAAGAAAAAGAAGAUAAGUAAAGAAUAGUCCAUGUGUUUUGGGUAAGUAGAUAAUCACCAAGAAGGCCUUAUAAAAGUGAGGGAGUGUAGCUAAUAAAGAUAAGGGGGUAAGAUGUCAAUAUGCAAUUAUAAGAAUCACAGCAUUUGGUCGGAACCA